AUGUCUCUCAAGCCGAUCACUUUGUAUGGCCAUGGACCCGGUCCCAAUCCUUGGAAGGUCAUCAUGGUUCUCAAAGAACUUGGAAUCCCUUACGUCAGUAAAACCGUCGAAUUCUCUGAGAUCAAGAAGGAGCCGUAUGUGUCGAUCAACCCCAACGGCCGUAUCCCAGCGAUUGAAGAUCCCAACACCGGUAUUACUCUGUGGGAGUCCGGCGCUAUUCUGGAGUACUUGGUGGAGACAUACGACAAAGACCACAAGAUCAGCUUCGCUGCUGGCUCCCAGGACUAUUUCCUCGCCAAACAAUGGCUACACUUCCAGAUGUCUGGGCAGGGUCCCUACUUCGGACAGGCCGUCUGGUUCACCCGCUACCACCCGGAGAAGGUCCAGAGCGCCCAGGAUCGCUAUGUGAAUGAGAUUCGUCGCGUCACCGGUGUCCUCGAUCAUGAAUUAGCCGAUAAGGAAUACUUAGUGGGCGGGAAAUUCAGCUAUGUUGACCUCGCUUUUAUUCCAUGGUACCGGGUUGCUGGCAUGUUUGAGAUCGACCUGGAGAAGGACUUUCCCAACGUGGAUGCCUGGCUGAAGCGCCAAAAGACUCGGUCAGCUAUUGCACAGGCUAUGAAGGAAUGCGACGAGAUCUUUGCAGCUGCUCAAGGGUCCAAGUGA